GGUUCAGUAUCAUUUGCAAAUGCUUAUUGUCAAGUCAGGGAGUGCCAGUAAAGAGGAAAGCACCCCAGUCCGUCUCCUCUAGUUCUGUAGGUUUAAUCACAUCUCUCCAACCGCUGAGGGGACUAGAGAUUUAAACAAAUACGCGUGAUUGGUGUGAAGCUGUAAAAGGGACCAUUAUGUUUCUGAUUCAGGAUAUAUAGUCUUCUCUCACUUUCUAAGAAUUAAACACGAGCUUUUCUCCCUUAUUGAUUAGUUGCUGAAGUAAAGGAACCCUGCUGCCUUCCCAUGCUAUCUGUUGACAUGGAAAACAAGGAAAAUGGCUCUGUCGGUGUAAAAAAGUCUUCCCCAGGCUCACUCAGUUUCCUCACAUGUAUGUGAUGAUCUGUACUCUGCAAUGCUUGAGGAGAAGCCUCUGGUGGCCUCCAGAGCUCUCUCCUCUCUAGCCUCCAGGGCUCUGCCCUGUGCACAGCCUCAAAGCUUUCUUCAAGUAUUCCAUGGAGAAUGGGAGACCUCCUGAUCCCGCAGACUGGGCUGUGAUGGAUGUUGUCAAUUAUUUCCGCACAGCAGGAUUUGAGGAACAAGCUAAUGUUUUUCAAGAACAGGAAAUUGAUGGAAAAUCCCUGCUGUUGAUGACAAGAAAUGACGUGUUGACAGGACUCCAGUUGAAGCUGGGGCCUGCUCUGAAAAUCUACGAGUACCACGUAAAGCCUCUGCAGACCAAGCACUCAAAGAGCAGCUCUGCAUAGCACCGUCACCUGGGGCCUCGGACCUCAGGAACUAUGUAGCGACCUAAUUUAGUUUCAUGUGAUGAAACUUUGUAAACAAAAUACAUACAUGUGUAUUUGGAAAAAUUCCAAUCAAAUGAAACGUUAUCCUAUUGGAUAGACUAGGCAAUCCAUCGGCUGACCUGAAUUCAGCCAGGAGCAGCGGGGACGACAUUCGACAGGAUGGUUUUCCUUGUGAGUUUGUCAGCUAGAAUGAUCUUUGACAUGACGAGGCACCCCUCCCCACAAAGGGGACUUUCUUCAUAGGUUGCUUCCCCAAAAUCCUUAGGAAAGGAUGGAAUGAGCAUCUUUCAGUCACAAAUGUAGGAAGAUUAAAAACAAGAAAACGGCGGGAGGGGGAGAAAAGAGAAAGCUCCUUGGAGCUUGUAAUAUUUGGAUGGAAUUGCCGACACCCCUUUUUAUAGAGGGUCCUCCACUUGACCUUAUUAAGGUUUCACUGGGAUAUGCUGCGAUGUUUGCAAUGAACAUGUGUCACAUGGCCCCUCCGGAGCAGCAACGUAGCUCUGCAAAGAGAAAUCUGCUGUGCACCUGGGGUAUACAUCGUAUUCAGCUAGCUUUUACAGGGGCUAAUGGUUUCUUGUGCCUAGAUUUGCUUUUAAAUUGGUUCUUGGUUUCUGAAGAAAGCAUUUUUUCACUUUAUUUUUGUUUGUAUUUAUAAUAAUUUGUUUGUGAAGGAAUUUGUCAAGAGUUACAGAUCAUAAGGCCUUGUUACUAGUACAGAUUAUUUUUAUAUUCCUUCAUGAUGGUGUAAUAUUUUUUUAAUUGCUCUGGUGCUUUGUUUGAUUCAUGGUUUGAGCUUUUUUUUUUAAGAACUUGAAAAAGUGGGCUUCCUACAUCUCUGUUCCAAGAGACAUUUGUUCAACCUCUGUGUGUCGAUGCCUUGUUGAAUUGGUGCUUUGUGGUUACAAUAAAGCAUUGCUUC